GGAAAAUAUAUGAUUGGGCAACCGGAGAAAUAUUUGUGUACCGGGAUGUAAUAUAUCAUGAGGACGAAUUUCCUUUUUCGGCUAUUCCUCCUGAAAAUGCUGAAGCCUCACUGCCAGAUGUGGAUCCGAGUCCUCCUUUACUUGAUAAUGAGUCCGAAGCUAUCAUCCCAGUCUCAGCUGAAGCUGCUGCCGCGGACCAUACACAUGCAGCUACCGAGGAAGAUCAUUCUGCCGAUGCACCCCUCGGUCGUGGAUUACGUUCUCGGCGUCCGUCCGUUCGGCUAUGGGACUUUGUCACAAAUCAUGUACAGCAUUUAAGCCCAUCCCCGCCCCACACCUCUUCCAUCAGCUCCUCAGGCCAUGAACCACGAUCUUUUAAGGAAGCUAUGCAAAGUGAGAGCUGGCGUGAUGCUAUGCAAAGUGAAAUUCGGGCAUUGGAAAAUAAUCAGACUUGGGUGAUGGAACCGCUUCCGCCAGGUAAAAUGGCUCUUGGUUGCAAAUGGGUGUACAAAAUUAAGUACAACUCAGAUGGAACCGUUGAGCGUUUUAAAGCUCGUCUUAUCGUGUUUGGCAACCACCAACAAGAAGGCAUAGACUAUACCGAAACAUUUGCUCCUGUUGCUAAAAUGGUCACCGUCCGCCUGUUUUUAGCUGUAGCUGCCGCUAAAAAUUGGGAAUUGCAUCAGAUGGAUGUUCAUAAUGCAUUUCUUCACGGGGACUUGGAUGAGGUGGUUUAUAUGAAACCGCCUCCUGGGUUCUGUUCCUCUCGGCCUGGGCAGGUUUGUCGACUAAAGAAGUCAUUAUAUGGUCUUCGUCAGGCCCCGCGAUGCUGGUUUGCAAAAUUAUCUGCUUCGCUGAAGCAGUAUGGUUUUCAGCAGUCAUAUUCUGAUUAUUCUCUUUUUACACUGACACAGGGCUCGGCUCAAUUAUUUAUUCUCAUUUAUGUUGAUGAUUUAAUUAUUGUGGGCAAUGAUAGCAGUGCUAUUGCUCGAUUUAAAUCUUAUCUGCAUAAUUGUUUUCAUAUGAAAGACCUUGGAUUUCUGAAGUAUUUUCUUGGGAUUGAGGUGGCUCGUAGUGCUGAUGGCAUCUUCCUUUGCCAGCGAAAAUAUACUCUGGACAUUAUCUCGGAGACUGGACUGCUUGGGGCUAAACCCACGCAUUUUCCUAUUGAACAGAACCAUAACUUGGCUAUUUCUCAGAGUGAUUUUCUGGCUGAUCCGGAGGCCUACCGACGUCUAGUUGGGCGACUUCUAUACCUAUCUUUUACUAGGCCUGAUCUUGCCUAUGCUGUUCAUAUUUUAUCUCAAUUUAUGCAGGCUCCUAGACAGGAUCAUUGGACAGCGGCCUUACGGGUUGUUCGCUAUCUCAAAGGAACUCCUGGACAAGGCAUUCUUCUCAGUUCUACGUGUGACUUAACUCUUACAGACAAAGAAGCAACAUACUGUAUCUCGGUCUUCCACCGAGGCAGAAUACCGAUCCAUGGCUGCUACCACCGCUGAACUUAAAUGGGCUAAGGGGCUUCUUCUUAGUCUGGGUAUUGAUCAUCCACGCUCUAUGACUCUAUACUGUGACAACAACUCGGCUCUUCACAUUGCUCAUAACCUUGUUUUUCAUGAGCGUACCAAGCACAUUGAGGUUGAUUGUCAUUAUGUUCGUGAUGCUAUUCAAGCGGGAUUGCUCGUUGCUCGUCAUGUCUCUACCACUGAUCAAUUAUCAGACAUCUUCACUAAGGCAUUGGGCAAG